UGAAUCAGUACCAUUGUAAGGAAUCAAGAAUGAAAAUGAUGUUAUGUCUGAUGCUUCAACUUCUCGUUACUUCAUUCACAGCGACCGUUCUAGCAGAAGAGCCUCGCAUUACUAAAUUCUUACUCAACGGUAUGCAAUAUUCAAAAGAAAAAAAGCAACCCGUUGUCAUACCAAUGAAGACAGAUUUCACGUUUCGGUGUGAGAUCAACACGGCAAGUGAAAACACGAACAUAACCCUGACAGACGAGAUCGGAACGGUUUUACACAGCACCAAGAACACCGUAGUACUGGAAUACACGUUCACACCUUAUAAAUGUGAGGCACAAGGCACAUACAGGUGCCUGGUUAGGGACGGUGAGAAGAUAUUGGACGACUCCAUUGUUUAUGUUGUAACUAAUACAUGCUACCCAAUCAUGUGUAAAAAUCCCCCCACCCCCAAGACAUUUCUAGCACCAAUAGGCAGCCAUGCAAACAUCUCCUUGUGUAUCAUUGCAAAUCAAAGCAUCUUCAACUCACUGCACAUAAAACUCAACGACGUGAACAUCAGCAACAAGGCGAGCACCAUGCAAACAGAGAAGAUCAAAUACAGCUACGAGAUUGAACCAACCAACAACUCGCCCAUUCAUUAUCGUGUUAAUCUUUAUAUACAUGAUGUUAUGCAUGAGGAUUAUUCUAUGAAGACCAUUGUAGCCAAAACAAGCUACCCAUUUCCUAUACCGUAUUCUUUUGAGUUCAAACAAAUACGUGUGGCUUGUCUAUACAAUAUCUGCAAGACAAUCGCGUGCUUUGCGUACACCGAAAACGCUGCACUUGAGGUGAGAGAUGUGUGCGGCACACAGGACGGUCAUCUGGCUGGGCACGUGCUGCAUGACUGUAAGAGUGAAAAAUGGAACUCUGAUGAAGUGCUCUUGUCUGAGAGCUCUGGAUGUGUCGUGUACAAUCACAAAACUAAGUUCGUCCGACAGUGCACCAGGGACGAUAACUCUAGCACUUUACAAACAGGAUGUCUCUUAUAUGCUAAAAACAAAGCUACAAAUCUAGUUCAACAGACAAGUUUCUAUGUGUUGGUUCUGUUCGCCUACUUCAAUAACUGGUCUACGUAAUUAUAUGUCAUAUCAGAAUAAAAAAAGAUAUU